AUGGAGACCAAGCUUCCCCCCAGCCCCUCCUCUCCCACCGCGGGUUUCACGGUUCCCUCUGCGGAGAAGGUAGACGGUUUCCCGCGGAGGUCCAUGCGCAGGGCCCGGCAGCGGAGGUCCCACAGCUCCUCCCAGUUCCGCUACCAGAGCUCCCAGGUGGAACUCACCCCUCUGCCGCUGCUGAAGGAUGCCCCGGUGGCAGACCUGCAUGAGCUGUUUUGUAAGAAGCUGCAGCAGUGUUGUGUCCUGUUUGACUUCCUGGACUGUGUGGCCGACCUCAAAGGGAAAGAGAUCAAACGAGCUGCUCUCAACGAACUGGUGGAAAGUGUGGCCACGAGCAGAGGGGUCCUCAUAGAACCACUCUACCCAGAGGCUAUCAAGAUGAUCUCGGUGAACAUCUUCCGGACCCUUCCUCCGAGUGAGAACCCUGAAUUUGACCCAGAGGAGGACGAGCCCACACUGGAGGCUUCAUGGCCCCACCUCCAGCUGGUGUAUGAGUUCUUCCUGCGGUUCCUGGAGAGUCCAGACUUCCAGCCGUCUAUGGCCAAACGCUACGUGGACCAGAAGUUUGUCCUGCAGCUGCUGGAGCUCUUUGACAGUGAGGACCCCCGGGAGAGGGAGUACCUGAAGACCAUCCUCCACAGAGUUUACGGCAAACUGCUCGGACUGAGAGCCUACAUCCGCAAACAGAUCAACAACAUCUUCCUCAGGUUCAUUUAUGAAACUGAACACUUCAAUGGAGUAGCUGAGCUGCUGGAGAUACUGGGCAGCAUCAUAAAUGGCUUCGCUCUGCCUCUGAAGGCAGAACACAAACAGUUCCUGGUCCGAGUCCUGAUCCCGCUCCACACCGCCAAGUCUCUGUCCAUCUUCCAUGCACAGCUCGCCUACUGCGUGGUGCAGUUCAUGGAGAAGGACGCUACCGUCACCGAAUACAUCAUCAGAGGUUUACUCAAGUACUGGCCCAAGACCUGCACCCAGAAGGAGGUCAUGUUCCUGGGGGAGGUGGAGGAGAUCUUAGACGUCAUUGAACCGUCUCAGUUUGUGAGGGUCCAGGAGCCUCUGUUCAGACAGAUCGCUGCCUGUAUCUCCAGCCCACACUUCCAGGUUGCAGAGAGAGCCUUGUACUUCUGGAAUAAUGAGUACAUUCUGAGUCUGAUCGAGGAGAACUGUGCCGUGAUCCUGCCCCUGGUCUUCUCCACACUCUACAGGGUCUCCAAGGAGCACUGGAACCAGACCAUCGUGUCCCUGAUCUACAAUGUUUUGAAGACCUUCAUGGAGAUGAACAGCAAACUGUUUGACGACCUCACAGCGUCAUAUAAACAAGAGAAACAGAAGGAGGUGAAGCGUGAGCGAGAGCGAGCAGAGCUGUGGCGAGGUCUGGAGGAACAUCAGGAGCGGCGCCUGCAGAUGAUCACAGACGCUGCUCAGAACCAGAGGAACCUGCAGCGAGGCCUGAGCCCGCCCCGGGCGCCAACCACCGCCACCGAGAGCACCACCUAG